AUGACGUUAGUGAGACAAAAAGAGAGUCCGUUAAGGAGACUUAGAGGGAGAAGAAAGAGGACUCCAGAGACGGAGAGAACCCCCACCUCCCUCCCAGCCGCUGACCCCAGAGAGGGAGACGCCUCCAGGAUAGAUGAGUGCCCACGAAAAGCAAUAAACGCAGAGAGAACGCACUUAGAGAACCAUCCCGGUCGCCAAGACCACGAGACGGAGACCAGGGGUGAGGAGGUCCCGGCCAUCUCGUUGGCCUAUGAGACGGCAGAGAGUGACAUCAUGAAGCGUCAGCCUCGGAAUCCUCAGACGGACAAACUGGUGAACGAGCGUCUGAUCAGCAUGGCCUACGGACAGAUCGGGAUGAUCCAGGCUCUGGCCGGGUUCUUCACUUACUUCGUGAUCCUGUGUGAGAACGGUUUCCUGCCGUGGAGUCUGGUUGGAAUCAGGCUCCAGUGGGACGACCGCGACGUCAACGACCUGGAGGAUACAUACGGCCAGCAAUGGACGUACGAGCAGAGGAAGAUUGUGGAGUUCACCUGCCACACAGCCUUCUUCAGCAGCAUCGUCAUCGUGCAGUGGGCCGACCUCAUCAUCUGUAAGACCAGGAGGAACUCUCUGUACCAGCAGGGCAUGAGGAACCGUAUCCUGAUCUUCGGUCUGUUCGUGGAGACGGCUCUGGCUGCGUUCCUGUCGUACUGCCCUGGGAUGGACGUGGCUCUGCGCAUGUAUCCGCUCAAGUACGCCCCCUACAGUCCACACAUCACACUGCUUUUGUGCCUCUAG